AUGUUGAGCAAGGAUGGACUACCCCUGCCCAUGGCCUUUGAGGCUUCAUCGCGAGUGCUGCUGCUCUUCUCUUGGUGGGAUGCCAGCACGUCCGUCCAGUACGGGAUUUGCUGCCUAUGCUGCAUUGUGUUUGGCUUCAUAUCCAUCGCCCUGAAGGUGCUCCGCCGCAUGUCUGAGAUGCGACUGCUACAGAAGGAGGAGGAAGGCAGGUCGGCCAUUAUGCUAGGGUCGUUCCCGCUGUUGCACAACGCGAUCCGUGGUUCAGUUGCUUUUCUGAAUUAUGCUUGGGACUAUAUGUUGAUGUUGGUAGCCAUGACAUUCAACGUUGGCAUCUUCUUGUCCAUGCUGGGAGGCAUGGCGCUAGGAUUCCUUGCUGUAGGGCACCUCCUCGACUUCACUCCCGAAGCCCCCAAAGUAUCGAACGAGUGCAAAUGCGAUGCAAAAAUCAGCUGUGGCUGCCACAGAGGUCAACCGUGCACUUGCUAUGGGACUUGUCGGCUUGUGAAACAGGGAGAUCCAAAUAUAAAGGACGGGCAGCUUCUUACGGAGCAGCCCGGAGUGUGCAGAUCUAAGGGCUCCUGUGGGAAGGCCGUGUGCGGCGUCUGA